AUGGCAACUGAAGCCACCCUCGCCGCCCCCGUUGAUGCUUCUGUCCAUUCUGACCCCAAGCUCGAUCCUUGGGAACCCCCCGCCGAACAGACUAACGACGCUGAUAUCGACUCCCAAAAUGUCGGUCCAAAUCGCGCGAACCUGAACGGUAGUCCCGCCAUCGAUGACUUGGAAAAUAAGCACAUCACCGGUGUCGAAGAUCAAGUCAUUUCAGCAGAUGUUAGUGUUAGUGGGGGGUCAGAUACGGAGGCAUCGCGGGCUGCUCGAGAUGGAGACAAGGGACACGGUAGGACGUCGUCGGCCGUCAAGAAGCCCGCCACGUUCAAGGCUGUCUCGGUCAAUAAGACCUUCCUAGCCUCCAAGGGCCCUACGAUUUCCUUGACAACCAAACCCGGCGAAAAGACGAAUUCGACCUCGAUCCUGAGCUCCUCACCAUCAGGAACCUCGACCCUGUCUUCGCGGCCGAGACUUGUCGCAAAGUCGGGCACUGGCACGGGGUCUUCACCCGGACUCAAAGCGGUAGCCAACGGUGCCAAGCCCGCCUCUGGCCCUGACCCCAGCGCGGUGUGGAACAAGAACCGACCUGUCCCAACUCCGGAACCCAAAAAGCUUACGGAUGAAGAGCUUAAGAAGUACGGCAUUCAUAUGGCAAGCCGACUUGCACCCGAAAGCGGACAGUCGGCACAGGGAAACUGGGCAGAUAUAGAAGAUGACGACGACGACUGGGCGCCCGAGACCAUCACCUGGACGGACGGUACCAAGACCACGCUCCCGCAUCCCGACGAAGCACCUGCGCCGCUGCCCGAGCCGACUCCCGCGCCACCGAAAGAGAAAGCUAUAGAGAAGCCGAAAUCUCCUGUACCACCACCUCGUACCACCGCCUCGCCGUCGAUUAAGACCGGCGGACUUGCAUCUGGGAAGGGACUCAUCCUCAAGGCCGGGUCUGCCGAAAAGCCCACGCUCGUCGCCAAGCCACCUGCACCUCCGACGCCAGUGAAAUCGCCUUGGGCACCCCUGCCCCCUGUUGAAAGGGCUCCUCCUCCAGUCAUCGCGGAACCCCCUGCUCCUCAAGCAGGCGCAAGAUAUCCUCCUAGAGACCACGCGGCUAAUCACAACGUUGCUCCGCCUUACCAUGCAAAGGAGAUAGCCGCUGAUGACUUCAAUCGAUCGGCUUGGAGAGAAGGCCCUGCUGGCGGCAACCGAGAACUAUUCAACUCUCAAUCUGGGCGUUAUGAGCCCGUCCCGGCCGAUCGAAGAGGCUCUUUCCGAUCCGACGCCCAUCCUAGGCAGCCGGCAUUGUUGCAACGCCCGUCCCAAUCCGAUCAUCCGGAGCCGUCCGCCGCUUUCCAAACGAGCAGGAGCUCAGUGCCUGACGGUGCUAUGGGAAGACGCCGUGGAUCCUCUGUUGCUAGCGGUGGUAGCGGUUCCUAUUUGCAGCGGCCAGGCAGGGGGCACGAGCUUCCGGCACCUCCCCAGGACUUGCUUAAUGCUCGCAGAGGUUCUAUAGCUGGCUCGGUUGAAAGCCCCAUCUCCCCGAGGAACUUCUCGCCUUCAGGCUUGCAACACGGUCCUCGGAUGCACGGCAACCAGCAGUGGCAACCUCGACCAUCGCCCGGAACCAACCAUGCCACCUUACAUUCAGCUGGCCCUCAAACGGACGGAAGACCAGCCCCACCGCCACCAAUGGCUCGAUUGGAGGAGGAUCUUGAGCUACAGAAGAAGAUCAUGCGUGAGAAACGCGAGCUGGCAAUGCAGAGGCGGCGCGAAGAGGAGGCUCGUGAGGAAGCUGCAAGGAAAGCGCGCAUUGCAGCGAAGUUGGAAGCUAUGGGGCCAGCCCCGGAACGCAAAAGUGACAAAAAGGAAUCGUCACCGGAGAAUGCCAACGCAGCUACCCCAGCGCAGGCGCAAUCCCGUCAACCAGACGGCUCUGCUGGCCAAGAGGCCGGUUCACAACCGCCUGUCGCGAGUCCCGAUUCAUCGGCUGUCCCGUCAACUCCCGCCAACGCCAAGGAUAAACCCUACGGCGAGAGGCCUAUCACCGCCGGCGGAGAGCAUGCGAGACGACAAAGUGGUCAGGAGGCCAGGCAGCCCAACUCAUGGGUUGCACCUACACCUCAACAAGAACGGCUCCCUAGCUGGGGCGCGGCUACCCCUCAAGCUCCUCGCAAUGUUUGGGGAUCGCCUAACAAUGAUCGGGGACUGGGCAAUGGGACUUUUAACACUGACUUGGGCCGUCUGCCAGAGCCACAAACAGCAGGCAAAGGUCCAGCACCCAUCGCACCCCCCAGCGUGCAGCGAGCGCAGGUUCAGAUUCCACCAGUCUCCCAGGUUCGUCCCGCGACGGGCGCUGCUCGUGAAGUGAACGAGAUGAGGAACAGAUGGGCCCACUCGGUUCUGGAAGGGGAUAAGAUAGUCCUCGAUGAGAAGAGGUCGCAGCGCCUCGAACGUGAUCGGAGUUUAGUGGAGCGCGGGCUCACUAUUGAACAAGCUCAGGCCACGAUCAAAGACACUUGGCGGCCUUCUGGUGACGGCAGACGCGAUCCUGCACAUGUCAUUCACCACGAUGUUGCUCGUGCUGCUGGCUCCGUGGAACACCCGUCUGUACUACCUCCGACUGGACCGUCAGCCGCCACUCAGUCUCGAAGUUCCUCCAGAUUCUUCCCUCCCAAGGACAACAGAAAUGAUUCUUCAGCUUCUCAGGCGGAACCGUCGAGGCCUAACUCGCCUUCUCCGCCACCCCCGGAUAUGUUGGGCCAUCCGGCCUUCGAUGGGGACGCAAUGCAUCCUCACGUAUCCCUUCCCCGACCGCAUCCCGUUGUCAAAUUACCGCCCUCAGCUGCAGCGGCGCAACCAUCAGCACCAAGGUCCACUGGGCCAUUUGCCUGGGCAACACCAGCAGGCUACAAGGAUGGCCAGGGAGCUCACGCCCGUGGGCCCUACCAGCAGAACCAUGCGCCUCACAGAUCGCAAGAUCAAGCAGGAAACGAAAACUGGCAAGAUCGCAUCAACAACCUACUCACGGGACGAAAGCCCAAUUCUCCACCAAAGGCGCCUGGCGUCGAGCCUGUCACUAAAAGUGCCCUCGACUACUCGGGCCACUACAAUCCGGCUACUGUCUCUCUACCUCGCUCCACCAUCCAGCAUUUGUCAGAUGAUGUGAAGUCCUUCACUACUAAGCCAAUGGCUGAGGAGUGUUUCGAGGAGCAGGAAAUGGGAUCGCUUCCACGAAUUCACCUUCCCCAUAAGACUCCGGAAGCUGCGUGGCAACCUGCUACCGCCCCCACAAAGCCUUUACCGAGGCGCUUUUGGGUUUCCGAAAUCGAGACUGUUCGUUCAUUGUGGUUCCCUCAUGAAAUGUCGACCAGCGGUAAUGUUUACUACCGUAUCUUUCUUCCUGAUAUGCCCGAUGCCAGGACUGUUCCUCUUCCAUUGUCCCGAUCAGGAAGCAAUCCACGACGAUCGAGCGGGCGUGGUGGGGGUGGUGGGCAGCGUGGAUCGGGUCCAAACCAUCGCGGCGGCAAGGGGCGGGAGUCUUCGUACUCUGGCGAGGCAAGCACUUCGACACCUCCUUCCAGCCGUGGAGGUCGCGGCGGCUACCGUGGACGCGGGUCCGAGAACUGGUCCCGCAGAGCCACUCCCACGCAGGCAGCAUAA